CCAACAACUCAUUGCACGCCACCAGACGGCAAGUCGCUGCGGAUGAGAUUGCGAUCAUGUCGGCGGCGGAGACUUCGACGGCGGGGAGCGUUUGGAGGGCGCACGUGGCCAUGGCGGCCGUGCAGCUGUUCUACGGCGGCUACCACGUCAUCACCAAGGUAGCGCUCAACGUCGGCGCCAACCGGCUCGUCUUUUGCCUCUACCGCGACCUCAUCGCCAUCACGAUUCUCGCGCCCGUCGCCUAUUUCCGGGAGAAGUCUGUAAAUUCGAACCUCUCUCCUUCAUUUCCAGCUAUUUUUGAAUUGACUCUGUCUGCCAGAACAAUUAUGAAGUUACGCUUGCUAACUUUUGAUUGCUGGAACGAGAUGGCCGGGCAAAAGAAGAUAAAAUCGUGUUGUUUCAACAAAACCCGUGUCGGUGAUGCUUUGCCGUGUCUAUCUGUUUCCUGUUUCCUUAACAACACUUCAUUGACCCUGAGACUGCCAUUAAAUAAGCACCUUUUAAUGACAUUCAUGUUCCUUGGUUUAACUGGGAUUUUUGGAAACCAGCUUUUGUUUCUUUUUGGCCUUGGGUAUACAGAUCCAGCUUAUGCUGCAGCCAUACAGCCUGCUAUCCCAGUUUUUACAUUUGUGCUAGCUGUUAUCAUGGGUACAGAAACAGUGAACUUAUGGAAAAUUGAAGGCCAAACAAAGUUAGGAGGCACUUUUGUUUGUGUGUCUGGUGCCAUUCUAAUGGCUAUGUUCCGUGGUCCAGCUGUGUUUGGACAUGAAGAAGCAGACUUUACCUCAAAUGGGGAGAUAGGAGCAAAGGGCCAGCCAGAGCCUGCUGCUUGGUUUAUUUCUACUUCAAUGGGGUUAGGGAUUGACAGUUGGAACCUUGGGGUUUUAUGCUUAAUUGGGAACUGCAUGUGCAUGGCGGCAUAUCUGGCGUUUCAAGCUCCAGUUUUGACCAAGUAUCCUGCAAAUAUAUCAGUGACGGCCUAUUCGUAUUUCUUCGGUGUACUGUUUAUGAUAGCGACUGCAUUCUUUUUGACUGAUGAGUCAGCAGAAUGGAAGCUCACAAAUUCAGAGGCUGUAGCAGUUUGCUAUGCUGGAAUAAUAGCAUCAGCUCUGAACUAUGUGAUUAUGACAUGGUCAAACACGAUCCUUGGUCCUGCCUUGGUUGCUAUGUAUAAUCCACUUCAACCUGCUGCAUCAGCUUUUCUCUCCAAAAUUUUCCUGGGAAGCACAAUUUAUUUGGGAAGCAUUCUUGGAGGAAUACUGAUCAUAGUCGGGCUUUAUAUGGUCACUUGGGCAUCCUAUUCAGAAAGACAAACGAGCCUAUUAAUUCCUCCUGCUGCUCAUUCAUCCGAACCACUCAUCAAUAGGCAUUCAUCUUGGGGCAAGAUUUCGUAUAUGGUUGGACAGGUUUUUCCGGGCCCUUCGAACUCGAGAUCAAAGACUAUCGAUUGAACUCCCAACUUUUGUGGUGAGCAGUUGAAGGUAGCAAUAAUUUGUAUUUUUGUAAUUUUCAUUAUCAGAUGCAUUGAUGAAUUGCGAUAUUCUCUUGGUGAAUUUUCGAGAGUAACGCGUGUGUAUAUUUUAUGGUUGUCUUGUACCAAUGAUAGUACUCCUUUUUGUUGUAAUAAAAUUUGUCAAUUGUGUCUUUGGUUAAUGAAACAUGAAGAACUAUAUAACUGGGAGUCUGGGUGAUAAAUGGUAACAAUGAGGAGAAAGAUUUAGGCAGUUUUCAUAAUGGAC